UGUUGUAUUUGUCAUUAUUAUCGCGCCAUCUUACAUUUCAUGUGUCAUACUGUUGUAAACUGUGCUCGUCAUCGACAGAAAUUUGUGGGCUUAUUCGUAGCCGGGUAUAAUUGCGAGUGUUUUUUUUCUUUUCUUUUCUCUACCUUAAUUUCUAGAAUUUGUAUUACGCUAAUAUGGACGGAGUGGGCAACUCUGCAGAAGUUGAGAUCGGUGGGCCAAGAAAUAUGCAGCAGGCAGCAUCUAGUAAAAAACUACAACAAACACAAGCUACGGUUGACGAAGUGGUGGGAAUAAUGAAGGUUAACGUAGAGAAAGUACUGGAAAGAGAUCAGAAAUUGUCAGAGCUUGAGAAUCGAGCCGAUGCAUUGCAACAAGGUGCAACGCAAUUUGAGCAACAGGCUGGUAAACUUAAAAGAAAGUAUUGGUGGAAGAACCUUAAGAUGAUGAUCAUCAUAGGUAUCAUAUGCGUUGUGAUCUUGAUCAUUAUUAUAUACUCCGCUGUACCAAGUUCUUCAGAUUCUGAUAAUCCUAACACAACUGCAGCUCCAUAAUGUUUUUUAAGGGUAACGUAACUUAUCGUAUUGGUCGAAUAUUCCAAUAUUGGAGUUAUAAUAUACAAAUGAAGUUUAUCUGACAAAAAUAUGUACAGAUUAUAAUGAUAAAACAAAUUUCUAUGAAAAUAUAAUGUAUGAUCUGGUUAAUAAUAUAAUUAAGGGAUAAAAAUGAUGCGCAUAUUUUUGAGACUUAAUCUACGUGAUUGCACAAUUUGUAUAUUUAACACAGUAUUAAUAUGGGUGGCCUUUUUUUUUUUUUUUUUUAAAUAAUUGAUGUUAAAAGAUACCAAGGUUUUUUAUGUUGUUGCAAUGCUUAUUGUACGUUUAUCGAGGAUACAUAAUAUAUAAUGUUUAUACU